CAAAAUAGCAUGCUAUAAUAUUUGGCGUAAGGAGUGAAUCUGUCGGCGCCGACCAGUUUUUGUCAGAUAAACUAAAUAAAACACAUUAUAGUGAGUGGUCAUUGGUCAGGCAACACCCAAAACGACCAUAACUGGUUGUGUCACCCACAGAAUUAACCGUUUGUAAUUGUUUGCCUGCUCGGGCUGUUGCGCACGAGUCGGCCGGUUAGUUGUUUUAUCUUAACUUAAACAGAGUAAUAAUAUACAGAAAUUGAAUACAGAUGUACAAUUAAGUUACUUUCGUGAAUUCUUACUUGAGUUUUGACGAUUUAACACUCAGGUAAUUUCAAAUUAAGCGUUAAAACUCAAAUCAUUUUUUUUUUUAAUACACCUAACUUAGUGGAUUUUAAUUAAUAAACUAGGUGUAUAGGCAACGAUUUACUAUAUACAAUAGUUAAGGGAGUUAAUUUAUUUACAAUGAGUUCAUUAAGGUCCUUUAUUUAUAUUUCUGCUGGAGGAGGUAUUCUGUGGGCAGGAACAAAUGUUAUCACUCAGAAUGAAAAAUUUUAUAAGAAAUAUAUUAUUCCUGCAUUCUUUUCUUGUGAUCCAGAAAAAGCUCAUAACCUUUUAAUAUUUUCUGGAAAAUAUGGUCUUAUUCCAAAAUCAUUUUAUAAAGAUCCACCAAUAUUGAAAUCCAAGUUGUGGGAUUUGAAUUUUACCAACCCAAUAGGUCUUGCUGCUGGGUUGGAUAAACAAGGUGAAAUAACAAAAACAUUAAAAGAUGUAGGGUUUGGUUUUGUAGAAGUUGGUUCAAUAACACCUUUACCUCAACCGGGCAAUGAAAAACCAAGAGUAUUUAGACUUUUAGAUAGUCAAGCCAUUAUUAAUAGGUAUGGAUUCAAUAGCGAUGGUCAUAAUGUAGUAUUUGAAAGACUUAAGAAACUAAAGCAACAACAAAACUUUGAUGGUAUACUUGGUGUUAAUUUAGGGAAAAAUAAAGAGUCUGAAAAUGCAGUCGAUGACUAUGUGAAAGGUAUAGAAAAGUUUACACCAGUUGCAGAUUAUUUUGUAAUAAAUAUAUCCAGCCCUAAUACUCCAGGUCUGAGAAAUUUGCAAAAGAAAAGUGAUCUAAUAAAUCUACUUUCCAAAGUUAUAGAAGCAAGGAAUCAAUUUAGUGGGGAACGUAAAAUUCCAUUAUUGUUAAAAAUUGCUCCUGAUCUUACUGAUCAAGAUAAAAAAGAUAUUGCAGAUGUAAUAAUUAAUGAUAAAAAGUGUAAAGUUGAUGGAUUAAUAAUUUCAAAUACAACUGUUAAACGAACUGGUGUUCAUGACAAUCCUAAUGCAUUAGAGCCUGGUGGUCUCAGUGGUAAACCUUUACAAGAAGCAUCUACAAAAUUAAUUUUAGAAUUUUAUAAAUUGACAAAUGGUAAAAUUCCAAUUAUUGGAGUUGGUGGAGUUUUUAAUGGUCAAGAUGCAUAUGCUAAAAUUAAAGCAGGCGCUUCACUUAUACAAAUUUAUACAUCUUUUAUAUAUAAUGGCCCACCAGUUAUAGUUAAUAUAAAAAAAGAACUGGAUUAUCUUUUGAGGAAAGAUAAGUACAACUCAAUAUCUGAUGCAAUUGGUGCAGAUGCCAGAUUAUAAAAUAUAAUAACUUUAUUUAUAUUUCAAAAUUUGGCAAUUUAAAAUGUAAUUUUUUUAUUCACAUAUAUCUUUUAUUAUUUUUAUAUUAUGUAUAUUUUAUUAAAAUUAUUUAAUACACAAAUUGAUUAUAAUCAAAA